AUGGCCUCAGUUGUUCGGCGUUCCAGUCUCUCUUUGGCUUGCAGUCUCAAUCAUAGUAAUAACAAACCGUCAAAACCCCGGAAAGAGAGUAUCCUCUUGCUUACUAAUUUAGAACCCGAACCAAAGGGGAUGUCGAAGAGUACUAUUUCUCCUUUGGAAAGCAAGUCAUGGAGAAAAUUACCGAAAUUUCAACGACGAUUCUACGAAUGGCUUGUCUACUCUCACAAUCUUCCUAUCGCUGGCGAGGAAGACGGUAGAUGUGGUAAGUUUAUUCAUAUUUGUUGUUAA